AGGAAAGGGGGAAACUGGGGAGAGAGGCAGGGCAUUUAUUACCGGCAUCUCAGAGAUGAAGAUUCUGAACUAGCUAACAACGGCUUAAAGGCAGGAUCAUUCAUUGGUUACCAAAGUGUUGGGAUUUGAAGAGGACUAGCAGAAAAAGUAUGUACCGCUCUCCGAUUGGUCGGCAGCGCGCAGCCUCUCCGCCCCUACAAGGGAAUAAAAGCUGCUGGCUCCGCGAAUCCAGUGUAGUAAACCCAGACAGGCGCUGGCCGCCUCUCCUCUGUGUUCGCGUUCUGCGGUACCCGCUGGAGCCCGCUACCAUCGUCCCCAAGACGUGCUGCCCUGCAUCCGUAGCCAUGUGUCGGACCCUGGCCGCCUUCCCCACCUCCUGCCUGGAGAGAGCCAAAGAAUUCAAGACACGGCUGGGGAUCUUUCUUCAUAAGUCAGAACUGGGCUCUGAUACCGGGAGUGUUGGCAAGCUCGAGUGGGGCAAUAAACACAGCAAAGAAGGCAAAAACUUCUCAGAAGAUGUGCUGGGAUGGAAAGAGUCAUUUGACUUGCUGCUGAGCAGUAAAAAUGGAGUGGCCGCCUUCCACGCCUUCCUGAAGACAGAGUUCAGCGAGGAGAACCUGGAGUUCUGGCUGGCCUGUGAGGAGUUCAAGAAGCUCCGGUCCGCUACCAAGCUGGGAUCCCGGGCUCACCGGAUCUUUGAGGAGUUCAUCUGCAGUGAAGCCCCCAAAGAGGUGAAUAUAGACCACGAGACCAGGGAGCUGACCAGGACGAACCUGCAGGCCGCCACGGCCGUGUGCUUCGACGCGGCGCAGCGGAAGGUGCGAGCCCUGAUGGAGAAGGACUCCUACCCGCGCUUCCUGAAGUCCCCCGCUUACCGGGACCUGGCCACGCAAGCCACAGCCGCCUCUGCCUCCCCGUCCAGCAGCAGCCCAGCUGAGCCCUCGCACACCUGAGCCUCAGGGCCUGGAAGGAGCCAGCCGGGCAGAGAGAUUGAGUCACCCACCCCCGAGGUGCUGUCCCCAUGGGGGAGGCAGGUUCUGCAAAGCAAGAGAGGACAGUGAAGGAAAAAGCUGACCCGGUGACACCCUCACCUCCAGAUCCUUGGGACUGAAUUCCAUGCGUGAGAGGGUCAUCCCACUUCUAGGACCUGUGGACCAGGGCUGAAGAUAAGGGUUGUGUGGGGCUUUCAAGGGGGGGAAGAAUGAUGGUACAAGAGUCAUCAUUGGCUCUGGCGAUUCUCAACAGGACAAGGGAUAUUCCCAGGGGGCUUUGGAAAAUGCAUGGAUAAAGGGGAACUUGAAAAUGAGGGAGAGAAAGACAACCAGGUUAGCCAGUUUUGCUUGUCGAGCGGUUGACCUGUUUUCCUAACUUCCAGACUGUCCUGGGCAUGAAGGGAGCCAUGAAUGUGGAGUCUUCCCAUCCUGUCCUCUCACCUGCCUCUGGGCUACUGGUGGUGGUAGGUGGUGGUGGGGGGGGGUCCCCUAGCUUGCACUUCUCAACACUUCUGUGUCCAGCCUGGCAGUCUUGUCAAGGCCAGAGAACCAAUGUGAUGCUUGCCCCGAAUGAGAUAUUUACCUCAAAAACUGGCUUUCAAGCCCCUCUCCAAAUCAGUAGAGAGGCCUGAAAACAGGCCAUCUUGCCCAUGCAAAAUGAACCUUGGUGCUCUUGGUGGGCUCUUGUGGGGGCCUCUGACUCCGUGUGUGCCGCUGGGUCCACCUGUGAGCAGGACCUGCUGAGAGCCUCUUGCUGGGAUGUGCCCCCUCUUAGCUCUGAGCUGCCUGGAGCAAGACGUGGGGCCUCUUGGUGAGCAGCUUUAGUCCAGCCCUUAUGCUGGGCAGGGUGGAACGAGGGAGAAAGAGCUCCUGGGAGACAAACCUCAUGGCAGUUACAGAAAGUCCUGUUUAAAUCAAGCUAAUAUUUUAUUUUUGUGAGGAGAAGAACAGGGAAAAAGAGAUUCCCCAGGAUGGAAAGGGAACCUUGUGUUUCUUUCCUGUGGAUUGCGGGGGUGUACUCACUGGGGUGUCCAUGGAAAUGAGGCAGGGACCUCGAUGAACUUGGACAGCCUGUAGAAGCUGGGAAUGAAACUGGGGCGGAGAGAGGCUGCUGGCAAGAGCAGGUCUAGGGGGAAUCAGAACCUGCUUGUCACCCCAGGGCAUCACCAAACACCCAUUCCCUGGUGGGACUUCUGCCCCGGCUGGGCUGGGGAGGUGAAUUAACCAGGCAGCCCCUCUUGCCCCCAGGGAAUCCACACUGUUCUCUCUGCGCUAGGAGCUCCUCCAGGAGAAAAGUAUUUAAGCCUAACAUAUUGUUGGUUUUGUGACAAUGGUCAUGGCACAUUAUUUUUUAUUGCUGUUGUCGUGUUGUUGCUAUUAUUAUUUAUUGUCAUUUGCGCGUCUGCCUCUCCUGGAGAAUCCACAGGAGCUGGUAGCCUGGCUGCCUCUGUCCAGCAGAUGCUACCUCUUGAAGUGCUGGGAACCUCUUGGCGCCCGCCAGGAACUCCUCGCCAUUUAAAUAUUUAUUUGUUGUUGACCACGGGAGCUGGUUUCCUAAAUGUGAAUGAUGUACUUAUUCAACCCCCGUUUUCCUAUUGCAGCAUGUUAUUUUAUUGUGAAAUAAAAAUAAAACCCAAACACGA